GCCGCCCAGCUGUCGCCUCGCCCAGCCGCCUGACCGGCGGAGCGUCGCCGCUGGCGCGCGCCGCGGACCACGCCGCUGGCCCGCCGGCUGGGGAGGCCGCUAGAGGCAGAACCCCCUCGCGGCAGGAGGCGCAAGCGGCCAGCCCCGUCCACGCCGGCGUCAGCGCCUCCCCGAAGACUGCCGGCGCCGGCAUCGGCGCCUCCCCGAAGGCCGGGCCCGCGCACCACUUUCACAUGGAGCCCACGAGGUCGUCUUCGUCGGCCACGGAGGCCGCGGUGGAGGGCCUGAGCCAGGGCGUGCAAGAUGCAGUCCAGCUUCUGGAAGGUUGCCUCGAAGCACGCCCAGAUGAUGGGCGUGUUGCAGAGACGACAGGAGCAGGCUCGAAAGCUCAAGGAGUUCUGGGAGCGCGGCAACGUCCAGGCGCUUUCGGGCGCCGUGGACAAGGACGCCGCUGUGUUCUGCGACUUCGCCCGCUCCGUGAUGCAGCAGCGUCUCCAGGCCGGCCUGAAUUUGGAUGCAUGCCAGACUUUGCUGCAGAUCGUGCAGGA